UAAAACAUUGGUAUCUGUCUCUUUAUAAUUAAUAACACUAUUGUUUAAAAAUAAGCCAGGCCUGAUUGAGAGGAUAUUCCCGCUGGCUUUUCCGCCACAGUUUAAACUGACAGUUGUAGAGGGAGGAGUGUAUUUGUGUAGUUACGCUCCGAAAAUAUGGAAAACAGUAGUGGAUAUAGAUCUCAGAAGGUGUUUUUGAUUUGACACGUGACUUAACUUUAACACUGAGAUCGGACGCUCAGAAACUUGGUCUUAUGGUUAGUCAACCAAGGAGAUCAACGGAGACUGAAACGGUGUUAGGUUUAAAUCCGGUGCUGACAUGUCGCUGCCGCCGGAGAAAGCUUCCGAGCUCAAGCAAAUCAUUCACAACCAUUUAACUAAGAUGGACAUUCACGGUAAGAUAAGAGACGUGCUGGCAGAGACGGUGAGAGAGGAGCUGGGGCCGGAGCACCGCGCACUAUCCGAGGCGGACUUCAUACGAGCCCUGCAGCGCCGGGGCAUCGUCGACGACCUGAUGAAGCAGCUGCAGUUUUCGAAGGAGGUCAGCCCAGAAUUGUCUCCCAAGCCAGCCACUCACUACGUCGAUACUGAGGGGACACAGCUGAGGAAAACCAACAUUGACCCGUCGAGAAGAUACCUGUACCUGCAGGUGCUCGGGGGGAAGGCUUUUCUGGAGCACCUGCAGGAGCCGGCUGCCUUACCCGGGCAGGUGUGCUCCACCUUCACCCUGUACCUGCACUUCAGGAGUCAGCGCUUCCGCUCCAAGCCCGUGCCCUGCGCCUGCGAGCCAGACCUGACAGAAGGUUUCCUGCUGGAGGUGCAUAGGGAGACCGCCGGGGAGGGCAGCAAAAUGGCCGACGCAACCGCCAUGCUGUCUAUCUGCGACCCGGUGCACAUGGUGCUGAUCAAGACCGACCCGGCUGGGGAGACUGCACUCGUCUCCUCCCACUUCCUAGACUGGCGUUCCAUCCUCAGCUCUCCGAAUGGGAAAACCAGUCUGGCCGUGGAGCUUCUGGGAGUGGGCAGCGAGUGUAAAGUUCCAGCCGGUGUCCUGAAUGUGAAACUGGAGCUGUACCCCCCCCUCAGUGACACCUUAAGCCCGGAUGUUGUCAGCACACAGCAAUCCAUGGAGCGGCAGAGAAGAGCAGAGAGGGAGCGCUUGUUUUUAGUCUACGCCAAGCAGUGGUGGAGGGAGUUCUUGGAGAUCCGGCCGUCACACCAGACCAAACUGGUUAAGAUCUUUGCCCAGGACGAAAAUGGUGUGAACCGGCCCGUGUGCUCCUACGUGCGUGUCCUACGGGCGGGCCGCAUCCUGGAGAGCCCCCGACAAGCGGCCCGCUUCGUCAGCCUGCUGCCGCUGGAGAGGGCCCCCGUGGUGGGGGGUGGGGGCCGCCAUGAGCAAUGGUGCAGCCUACUGGCCUUCCUCUGCAGGAACAAGGGCGACUGCGAGGACCAUGCCACCCUCCUGUGCAGCCUGCUGCUCGGCUUCGGCCUGGAUGCUUACGUGUGCGUGGGCACCAAAGCCAAGGCCGUGCCCCACGCCUGGGUGAUGACCUGUGGCACCGAAGGUUCCGUCACCUUCUGGGAGAGUCUCACUGGGCACAGAUACCUGCACCAGCCCAUCAACCCAGACGACCCUCCUCUCGCACCUCAGCCCCGCCCCUCGUACCCGUACAGAACGGUAGGCUGCGUGUUCAACCACAAGUCCUUCCUGGCCAACUGCCAACCCUCGGACACCGUGGAGCUGUGCAUCUUUGACCUGCGGGAGCCGUCACUGUGGAAGUCCAUGAGCGAGGACGCCCUGCUCUCCGUGUGCGCCCCGGGAUCCGGCUCCUCGGUGCCCCCCUUGCCCCCGCUCUGCGGCCCUGCGUGGGAUCCGGCUGCUGCCAGCAACCACUUGGAGCUGGAGAUGCGCUUGCUGGUGUCUGAGCACAGGAAGGACCUGGGUAUGACCACAGCGUGGGACGACCAGCUGUCCUACCUGCUGUCCGCGGCGCUGUCGGCCUACGAGCUGGAGCGCAGCACAGGGGUGUCCUGUGGGAACGAGGAGUUCCAGGACGCGGUGCGGCGGGCAGUACCCGACGGCCACACCUUCAAGGGCUUCCCCAUCCACUUCACGCACCGCAACGCCCGCAGGGCGUUCGCCACCAGCAUGCGGUCUCCGUUCUGUGACGAGAUAGUGUGUUGUCGUGGUGACCAGGUGAGGCUGGCGGUCCGAGUGCGGGUCUAUACCUACGCCGAGUCUGCAUGCGCCGUCUGGAUCAUGUUUGCCUGCAAGUACCGCUCGGUACUGUGACAUCUCACCCCUGGGAAGAGACUGAUGAACUGUAUUAAUCGCCAAGAGGCAAUUAAGGAUGCUGUUUGGCAUCUGGAACCAAACAUGUUCUUACCUGUGUUUUUGGUACAUAUUGUACAUAUUCCUGCUUUUUUAAAUGUAAACCAUUUGUUUCCUUUGUACUGUGUAUAUAAAGCUCUAUUUUUGUAAAACUGUAUGUGUUUUAUUUACCAGAAAAAGUAAACUGUAUGUUGAA